UUCGUCGUUGUCCCUCGAUGCCCGGGAAACUCUCCCGGGUGGAAUAAAAACCUGGCCAAAACUUCUCUGGUUAAGGUCGCUACCGUUUCAACAAUCUGCAACACUGUUUUAACUAGAAAAGAUCCGAAAUUCACCUUGAAAACUACAAAAUAAUUCAAACUUCGCAUCUCUGCUGCUUCUUUAGGCUGUUGCCGUUAGUCUCUCUCUCUCCUAUGCACUACAUUACUGCGCAUGCACGAGGAGAAGGGAGGGGCACAACGUUUUUUUUGAUAUGUAAAUGUUUUCACGUGUAAAUUACACUAUUUUAUAAAUCUUUGUUUUAUGUCUUAUCUUAUAGUUAUUUAUUUACUAACUAUUUAUUUAUUUUAUUAUUUACAAUAUUUGUAACCUGGGUUACAGACGCGAUGAACGUCUGUCGGUAAGCUGACGAAAACUUUCAACAGGAUCAAGUUUAUUUAUUAGACACGCCUUGAUAAUAGCAAUAUAAUUAAGUGUCUAAAAUAAUCGUUGGGACAACGUGCAUUUUGACGUUCACUGCAGACGUUGAGUUGACGUAAACCCGAUGUGCAGAUGCACGUCUGGCCAACGUCUGCUAAUGACGUUGGGCCGACGUUAUGUCCGACGUUCUACCAACGUUGGGCCGACGUUAAAUGUUAGCUCGGAAGCUGUCAUGGUUGUGGUAUACUGUACAUUCUGGACGUUGGCUGCACGUCUGGCCAACGUCCUGGACUGACCAUGAGUUAGUCAAUACCCGACGCUGUCAGAACAUGAAGCCAACAGAGUAAAGGGAUUGUUAUGGAAUACUUUAAACUUUUUCUGUGGAGGUAUAGGUUGUACAGUUCAUCUUGAUCUGAAAAGAAAUCUGUAUAAAUUCGAUCUUAGACAUAGAGUAAAGGUCUACGAGACGUCUGCCAGACGUUACGCAGACGAAAAAUUUGGACGACAUCAAGUGUAUUUCAUCGAUUCAGAAAGAAAGGAAAUUAGCCUAUUAAAAGGCAGUUAGUGUAUCUAACAAACAAUAAUAUCCAAAAAUCUUAUUUUCAUUAUGUUGGCCAGACGUUGUGUCGACGUCCGCUUUUGACCAUCGACAUAACGACCAACAGCCGACGUCGGCCCAACGAAGCAGCUGGGUCGUUGGAUAGCAGCAAUUACAACUGAUGGAAAUAUAAAGAAAAAACAUUUCAGAUAUGGGAUAUUUAGGUAAUACUGUUGAUCCGGGCGAAAACUUAAAAUGACAAGCAAAGAAAAUGUACUAUUUUUAAGUCAACGGAAUCAUUAACACUACGGGUCUAUAGCCUAUCAUGUUUCACGAAGCCGGAUUUCUUGCUUAGCCGGAUAACUUGUCAGAUUUAAAGUGCCCCAGUUUAAAUGGAAUUCAUUGAAUUCACUUAUAUUUUCCCCAGACUACCUCAAUUCCAAUAACGUAUCUGGCCUAGUUUGCUGUAAAUGUUGACAAUACGGUUUGCCGUAAAAUUGCAGGAUGAACGAUCGGGCAGUCCUGACGUGCGGGUUAAAAUCGCGUAUGUGGUACGGAUCGGGUAGUGACAACAAUUGGACCUACUGCUUGUCUUGAGGCGUAAAAACAAAUCAUUGAUAACAAUUUUGAAGAUAUUAAUCAUGACAAUCAUUGAGCAAAAUGAAACAAUUUGAAUUACAGUUUGUCAUACUCUGGUAAUUUUACCGGUGAGGCGUUCACCUCUAGUUCUCUCACACUGCCACACAAACGCAGUCACACAGACAGAGCGAAAGUGUGAACUUUCAGCAGGAGCUACUGAGAGCUGGCGAGCCUGCCAAGAAACCCCUGAUUAGGAUUCCAUCAACAUAAAAAUAAGUGGUUAGUGUGAUAUGAGAACUAGCUGCAGUCGGCCACUGAGCUACUGAAGAAGCAUGACGAUCUUUACUGUGGUGUAACCUGAGCACCUUUGCCAGUUCUACUACCAAAAGCAGCUAGCCUUGAAGAGACCCCUAAGCACGUCAUUCUGAUUUUUGCAGCAUUUUACUGCCCCGUAGUGACGACAGUGAAAACUACAGGCAGGUGGUUUCAGGCAAGGAGGCAUCAGGUAUGCAGGCAUCAGGUAAACAAGCAUCAGGCAAGCAGGCAUUUGGCUGUAGGCAUCAGACAAGCAGGCAUUAGGCUGCAGGCAUCAGGUAAGCAGGCACUAGGCAAGCAGGCAUCAGGCAAGCAUGCAUCAGGCUGCAGGCAUCAGGUAAGCAGGCACUAGGCAAGCAGGCAUCAGGCUGCAGGCAUCAGGUAAGCAGGCUGCAGGCAUCAGGUAAGCAGGCAUUCGGUUGCAGGCAUCAGGUAAGCAGGCAUCAGGUAGGCAGGCAUCAGGCAAGCAGGCAUUAGGCAUGCAGGCAUCAGGUAGGCAGGCAAGCAGGCAUUAGGCAUGCAGGCAUUGGGCUGAGGGCAGGCAGGCAUCAGAUAAGCAGGCACCAGGCAAGCAGGCAUUAGGCUGAGGGCAUGAGGAAUUAAAAUGGCUAUAAAGUGUGUUUAAUGUCUUUAGAAUGAAAAAAAAAUCAGUUUGUUCUUACCGUGAAUCAUUCUUUGCCUGUGCCCUGACAUCCACUCCUAGCUGAAAUGCAAAAGUCUUCAGGCUCCUGGCUUAUAAUUGUAAUUAAAACCUAUAAAUAGGGCUCCAGAGGCCCCUGGCAUUAAGUGGAGGUUGAUCUGUCUGGUCCAUGGUAUCACUGUAACCCCCUCGCUGCGCUCUUUCUCCAGCCUUAAUCGAAUCAGCCCCCAGAGAUUUUCCUAACCAGCCUGGCGCCACAUUUGUCACAGAUUUCCCUCCUCUUUGCGAGGCCCAGCCAGACUUGUUCAGGAUCCCACCUACUGUGGAUGGCAUUAGGCUCCUGCCGAGGAAAAUCGUAGCAAACUCUGCGCUCCGUGCACCACCAUGGCUCCCAAUGUAUGACUUGAGAGUUUUGCAUAAUUUACGUAUCAUACACAUCACGUAUGGAUUUCCAUUAUAAUAUGACUGACAAUCCCUGUCUCCAAGCAACCAAAAGUGAAGAACAGAUGGAAACUGCUAAAUAAAUUAAAAAAAAAAACACCUUUUUUUUUUUUUAAACGUGAUUAUUUUCUGGGGACUCCCACAAUAUCGUAUUUACUGUAUAAUGCUGUGCCAAUAGCAAAAUUUGUCCCAAAACUAUAGCAAGCACACACAUUCUGGUGAUUGCAGAAGGUUUUUAUUUAAGAUAAAUCAAAUAGCUUUCCAUGUAAUGGGGACAUUGAAAUUGAAUGUUUGACAUCUGUGUGAACCUGGACCUUGUCAUCCUCUUCCCUUAGUCUUCCAUUCCAAUGUACCCAGAGGUACAGCGACAGGACAGGCAGGGCAGGCAAUGGCCUGGGGCCAGUUACAUAGCACAUUACAAAGACACGUCUGCUACAUUUGUGUAUUCUGCUUUUCACAAAAGUGAAAAUAAAGGUAUUGUGCUUAUUAAAUUUUCUUUGUUGAUAUUGUAAAUUUUACCCUUCACAGUAAAAUAAAAGUAACACAUUUUACCAUGUCGGGUGGGGUGCGUUGUGGGGCCCCAUGAAGUUUUUUGCCCGGAGUUCCCAGAAUGGGCUCUGAACGUAGCGACUGAGACAGGGUCAACAUGUGACCCACAAACACACACAGGUGCUUCAGCACAGAAGUUAACCCAUUUCCCGUACCUCAGUCGACCCGCACAUCCCCUCCGCUCUCUCCUUUUUAUUUUCAUCAGCAUGACCUUUUCAGGAUCAUGCAACUGCAGCCCAAUGCCUGAGGUAGUCUUAAUAUUAGCAGAGGUGGCUGCAAGUCAUAUUUCCUCUCUUUCUUCCGCAAGGCCGGCUUUCAUCCGUUCAUAUCAGCAUGUCUCAGGGGCUAAUCGUUAUGCCAGUCGAUUCUGGCAGGGACUGGAGAAGGAGGCUUGGAGAUAGGGAGGGAUUGAGAAAGUAACAAAAUCACAGGCAAUUUGGACUGAGAUGAGAUAGAGAGGACCUGGGGUGUGUUCGGACCCUGCUGGGUGGCGACUGAUUGAAUUAGAAAUGCACUGGGGGGGUUUAGGUUCUAACAGAGGUGUCAGUAUCUGUCUGACUUUAAAAGACAUAUUGAGACACUGGGGUGGUUCAUGCUACAUGUCAUUAUCAUUGGGAUUAGAGUUUUGGUCCAGAUUUGUAAGACAAUCUACCUGUCUUCAGUUAUUGCUCUGUUGGUUUGCAGCACAUAAUGAACAUUUGGGUGCAGCGUAUGAUGUCAUGAAUCACAUAGUCAUGUGACGAAUUGACAGGCAGUAUAGUGCCAGCACUAUGGCAUCUGUUUAACUAACCUGCACUUUUCACAGCAUGUGGUUCUGUAAAAUCCCAUAGAAACAACUGCAGCACGUGCUGGUAGGUGCCAGCCGGUCCAGUGAGAGUAAGUCCUUUAACCAAGUGUUUCCCAAUCAGGGGAUCCACAGACAGUACACGUUUUUGCUCCCUCCCAGUUCCAGGCAGCAGAAAAGUGGACUGUCUAGCAGGGAGCACAGGAGGUUGAUCCUCCACAUCCACCGUGGGCUAUCCGUUCUUGUUCCUGCUGCCUCUCUGUAAAACCUUACUGGAUUAAUAUCUAAAGAUGAAGUUAAAAAUUUCGAGUAUCCCUAAGCAAAAAAAAACACCUCACAAAACUAGUUCUCAAACCAUAAAUUUGUCCAUAUUAUCAAGUCCCCACUACAUCUGUAUAUUGUCCUUCUAAUGUCUAGGUUUUGGCUGUUCAACCAGCAACAACAGACUGACAGUGGAUUCUUAACCGGACACUAGCAGCUACACACUGCCUACCCUGAGUGCUUCAUGUCCCUGUAGAUGGAUGGAUAGAGGAGUCAGUGCAGGUGGGACCUGGAGGGCAGGUUAGGGGGACACAGGAAGCUGCAGCAGUGGACAUUCAUAUCAAGAAAGGCCUCGUUUAGAUGGCAUCAGAGCUCAAGGGUAGAGAGCUUAGCUGGAGUUAGGUAGUCACACAGCCAGUGAUGGGAUCUCACUUGAUAAAGGGGAGGUAGGCAGAGGAGGUGGGGUGUGAUUAAUCACACACAGUCCCACUAACUGGCCUCAUGCACCUAGAUAUAAACCUUGUCGAGUCAGAGGGGCAUUGGCAUACUCGUAGGGAGACUUUGCAGACGCUCCUGAGUUCCAUGAGCCGAUGCAUUCCAAAGGCAGAGGCCCUGAGCUCUCAAACGCAGACAUGCAGGAUAGGAAGGGUAAGACAAGCCGGGAGAUCGGGCGGGGCAAACUGGACAGGGAAGACCGGGGUGGUGCAACUGGCGUGGCCACAAUGGCGCGACUCUACCAGGGCUUCGACCCAACCGCAUACCUGCAGUACAAUUACACGCCUCCCCGGGCUGACUUCAGCCGCGCCGACAGCAUCAUGCGCUGGAAACUGGCCUGCCUGCACCGAACCUUCACUGAAGGCGACGUACAGGGAGAGACGCUGGUGGACAUUGGAUCUGGUCCCACUCUGUAUCAGGUUCUGAGUGGCUGCGAGGUUUUCAGCCGCGUGGUUCUGACGGACUUCCUGGAUGUGAACCGGCGGGAGCUGCAGCGCUGGCUGGCAGGCCAGGAGGGCGCCUUUGACUGGGCGCCGUACUUGCAGCACGUCUGCCAGCUGGAGGGACGAAGCCCCUCUGCUUGGCGUGAGAAAGCAGCCCGCCUGCGCUCGGUGGUGUCCGAUGUCCUGCCCAUCGACGUGCACCAAGCUUCCCCGCUGGCCGAGGGCAGCCUGCCCCCCUCAGGGGCCGACUGCUUGGUUUCCUCCUUCUGCCUGGAGAGCGUGAGCCCCAACUUGCCCUGCUUCACCCAGGCUCUGCGCCACAUCGGCUCCCUGCUGCGUCCCGGGGGCUGCUUGCUCCUCAUCGGGGCCCUGGGGGAGACCUAUUACAUGGGGGGGCCGGGCGUGCGCAUCCCCGUGGUGCCGCUGGAUGAGAUGCAGGUCUGCGCAAGCCUGAGGGCCAGCGGCUACCUGCUAACCCAGCUCUGCGUCUACACCCUUCCUGCAGACAUGAAGGUGGGCGUGGAUGAUGUCACCGGGAUAUUUUACGUGAAGGCGAAGAAAGCUGUAGGAUAGCUUACUGUAGGAGAGGAGUGACAGCCAAUAAGCUGGAAUAGCCAGUUAAUAGCAGUUAAAUAGCCAGUUAAUAGGAGACACCACCUGCUGGAAUAUUGUAUGGCUGCUACACACUUAAAUACUGUUAUCAUGCAGUUACACAUAAUUUCCUUAUAAAUGAAACAAUAAUUAAAGAAUUAGUUGCGUUUGCAACUGGAAGGCCACUAUAGGUGGUUAUAUGAUUUAUUAUUAUUAUUAUUGUUAUUAUUAUUAUUAUAUGUCACAUAUGUGUUCUGUGUAAUAUAUUACGUUUUCAUGUUUUCUCUUUACCUUAAUAUGACCUGUUUAGCCUAUAGUAUGUUUAGAUGGGUUUAAGCUUAAGUAUUGGUUUUUUUCUGUCCUUGAAUUUGCAUUGUAUUGCAGUGUUAAUGUAUGUCAGACAGUAUUAUAAUAUAUUAUAAUUGUCGUUACCCUGUCCAUAGUCCUUUUGUUCUAUAUCUCUCAAUUUAAAUAAAUCUGUUAGGAUACAGAA